AUGACUUCCACAUGGGAUAAUCACUCCGAUUCGGAGUCGAGGAAUCGACUCCCUACUCUCUUUGAAGUCCUCAGCCGCCGCACUUUGGCCCCUGUCGAUCUCUUCUCGUUCUACAUUUACAUGCGCGACCAACAACGUUCCGUGGAUUACCUUGAUUUCUGGCUCGAUGUCUCUCAACAUAUGUCCCUUUGCCGCCAUUAUGUCCGUGAACUUCGACGAUCCGUUCUUGUCGCAACCCCGGACAUGGAACGAGCGGACAGCAAACGAUCCUCUGCCAUGUUAGACAAUUUGGAGAACUUGGGUGAUAUUCCGCUCGUGGAGGCUGGCCCUUCACGUCUACCUGUCAAUGAGAAGGACCGGGAUGCCGACCACCGCCUCUCUGCUUUCCUGCGAUCUGAAGGUCAUACAUCCUCCCACUCACCGCAGAACAGUAUUGGAUCUGAAUCAGUAUAUCAAACUCGCACUGAAUCCCCAGACCAACAACCACGUCGCAGUUCCGGCACCCACAAUGGUGGCGAUUCCAACUCGCCUGGUCACACUGUGGCCCGCAAUGAUAUCCGUGCCAGCGCUGAGAAGAUCUUGUACACAUACCUGCUCCCAGGUUCUGAGCGUGAGAUCGUGCUGCCUGAGCCGAUGGUCUCAACUAUUAUUAAUCUAAUUGAGGAUGAUGGCCGUGACGAUCCAGAGGUAUUCGACCCUGCCAAGGACUACGUUUUCCAGGCUAUGGAGCGCGAUGCAUUCCCAGGUUUCUUGCAGGCCAAGGCUCUGGGUAACCUUGUUCCUCUGAGCAUCAUCCUGCGCCUGGCCUUUGCGCUGAUUAGCUUUGGUGGUGGCUUCUGGGGUGCUUUCUACGUUGUUCUACGUAACAAGCCUCGCCAUAUCCGUUGCUGGGUCAUUCUUCCUUUCGCCGUUGCAGCUUAUUUCAUCGUUUCCUACCAUUACAAGAUCGACCCUUUCAUGGCAUUUAUCGGCUACAGCGAAUACACAUUCAUGAACUGGGCGCCUAUCCGAGAGCCCUAUGUGCGAAAAUUGUUGACAAAACGUGCUUUUGUCACUACAGCCAUUGCUUUCUUGACCGUCAUUUCCUUGAGUGUUCUAUUCAUCUUUGUGCCUGGAACCAUGCUGUGA